AUGGCCUCAUUCAAGGAAUUAUCCAUGUCACGUCCUCUCCCCAAUACUAGCCAGCGGCAUCAACACGCGCAUUCGAUCUCUCUAGGUGCCCUCAAUCCAAACCACCGGGUAACUCGCCGAAAGAGUGUCACCACCGCCGCUGCCAAUGCUGCCGCCGCAGUCGCUGCCUCCAUGGAGGACGGGGAGGCCACCUCGCUCCCCAUGGGUGUGCACCGCCGCAGCCUCGCAGGCCGCAAGGGACUGGAGUCCGGCUCCAUCGGCAACGUAUCGGGCUUCAGCUCCUACCUCUCCCGCAGCAUCAAUAGUCCCAGUCAGGAAUCACCGGUCGCCCGCAAAGCUUCUCCGGGCUCGGACCACUCCGAUGGCAAGCCCAAGAACCGAAACCGCCGAGCCAGCGAAGGUGCCCAACUCAAGACCGAAGGGAAGCGUGCCUCGACGGCCAUACGUUGCGAUCGCUGCGGGAAAGGGUAUAAGCAUGGCAGCUGCUUGUCUAAGCAUAUGUGGGAACACGACCCAGCAUGGUCCGUUACUUCGAAGCUUCUCAUCUCCAAGCACCAGCAGGUCCAACUGCUGGAGGCCGCCUCCGUUUUGGUCACCAUGAACCACGAUGACCCACCCGAUGAGUCCGCCGAGUUAGAGUCGGAAUUGUCGUCUGGUUCGCCGGACGCCCUGUCAGAAAUGCGAGAUGGCAUCAGUUCUACUGAAACCACGCCGCCCCCAAUGGAUUCGGAGGAAGACGACGACUUCGAGAUGUCGGGUAUGCCGGCACAGUGGGCCAAACGCCCCAGCGUUAGCAACGCCUCCGCUUUCUCUCGCUCCUACCAGUCCAUUCCCUCCAGCUCGUACAACGAAAGUGCUCCGCUGCACUCCCCUACGUUCUCCCACUUCCGCCACUCGAGCAUCGACACCCGUCCCUCGACGGCGGACACACGGUUACACGAGGAUGAUGAGGCGGAUCUUGCUGCGGCCAUCGGCCUGUGCAAUUUCGGAACUCCUCGCACGGGGCCUGUUUCCAUGACCCCCGACGUGCCACCGGUGCCUCCACUGCCGGCGCGCUACUUGGACUCAAACAGCCACCCAAGCAACCAGGGUCUCUUCUCCCCUCAAUCGCGCCCCACGGAGGAGGCCGCUCGCCGAGACUCCGAGGCCAACAUCUUCCUGGCCCGAUCGCUCAACCCGUCGCUGUCGUACAAGGUGUCGGAUGAGCGUGAGGUUCGGACUACUGGUGGUGAGGAUGCCCAGAAAUCCCGUCAACGUCGCAACGCCGAUGUAGACUUUGGCAACCGCUCCGCACCGGUCGAUGACGACGAUGGCGGUGUCUUUGGCCACAUGGAAGAGUAA